AGUGUUCAGCCAUUCACAGUAGUCUUCCCAUACUGGACACAGCCAUUCACACUGUGACACCCACACUGUCACAUAGGUUUCAGCUAUUGAGCGGAUGCCAUUCUACAUAGAGUCACACACCGUCACUCUACAUCGUCUUUCAUAAUCCCUGUCAAUUCCAGGAUGUUACCUUUGGCAAUGAGACUGUUAGUGCUGCUGCUGCCCCUGGGUCAGGCCGCGCCCAAGGAUGGAACUGUGAGGCCGGAUCCUGACCCACAGCAGCAGCAGCAGCCCCUGCGCAACCCCUUCCAGCCAGGCCAGGAGCAGCUUCGGCUCCUGCAGAACUACCUACAGGGACUGGAGAAGAUGGAAGAGGAGCCAGAACACAUGAACCGGGAGCAGGUUCUCCUCUACCUCUUUGCCCUCCACGACUAUGACCAGAGCGGGCAGCUGGAUGGCCUGGAGCUGCUGUCCAUGUUGACCGCAGCUCUGGCCCCUGGAGCUGCUGAUUUUCCUUUUGGCAACCCGGUGAUCCUCGUGGUGGACAAGGUGCUGGAGACCCAGGACCUGAAUGGGGAUGGGCUCAUGACCCCUGCAGAGCUCAUCAACUUCCCAGGAGAGGCCCCUAGCCACGCAGAGCCCAAAGAGCCUCUGGGGUCACCAGAUGUUGGGAGGCAGUCCCUGUUAGCUAAAAGCUCAUCAAGACAAGAAACGCAGGAAGCCCUGGGUCCUAGAGGAGAAGAUGGAGGACAGGGAGAGGCCAGAAGGGAGUCCUUGGAGACUGUACAGGAGGCUGGGGGCCAGGCAGAGGCUGAAAGAGAAGCCCCAGCCCCUGGAGCCCAGGCUAUAGGCCAGGCAGAGGCCAGGGAUACCGGGAAGGAAGCAGAGGGACUUCCAGGGGGGGCACCGGAGUCUAAGAACACCCCAAAUGAGGUUGAAGUUCAUGCUGUUCAACUGGAGAAUGAUGAGAUAUAAACUUUGAGGACACACGUCUACAUCCCUAGAAGCCUUGGUACCAGAACAUAAGCCCCAGUGUGUGUGUGUGUGUGUGUGUGUGUGUGUGUGUGUGCGCGCGUGCGCGUGCAUGUGUGUGCACGUGCGUGCACGCCCAUACUCGUGCUGGAAUGAGGCCCACCUCUUCGUCCACUUGCUGGCCCUGUAGGGGCAGGUCUUUCUGUGCAGCUCAGGGAGACCCUAAGUUGAGGGGUGGCUUUAGGGCCCAGACCGCCAAUAAAGAACUGAAUGAACUCACGCA